UUUUUACAUUUUACUCAAAAAAUUUUCACAAACUGUUAACUAUGUCAUGAAAUAUCUGACAUUACGAUUGUCAAAUAUGUGCAUGUGAAUGUGUUUUGUUGUUUAAACACUUUUAUAAUGAUCGCGUUAGUUGAGCUAUAAACGGGCGCCACCAUGUUUUUUUCUGCCGUGGUCUGAAGAUUGGCACUCACUAAAUCCUUGGUGUUUCGAGUCAGACGUGAUCACCCAAACGUGUUUUUUCGUCAAUUGUAACAACCAUAGGUAGUUUAGAUGGUUAGAGAAAGGAUAGGGUUAGGGUGUGAGUUAGGGUAAAGGUUUCGUAAGACUUGAAACACCAAAGAUUUAGUCAAAACCAACAAGCCACGCCCACGGAUCUGACUCGAAACACCAAGGAUUAAGUGAGUGCCGUCUGAGAUCUGUUGGAUUUACAUCACGUGAAUUCAUCCACUUCUCUUAAAAACACAAACAUGACCAUAACGUUGGUUGCUUGUUUUUCUCCCUGAUGUAUUCCAUGGAACAUGUGGGAAAAGUGGGGCCAUUACAACCAUUACAACUUUGCUGGCGCUUCAGAUUCGCAACCUGUUCAGACAGCGAUAUCACAUUCCCCGCCUCAACCAUGUGGUGAUACUGUCAGCUUCAGCUUCGCAGACACAAGAGACAAAACCAUUAUGACGCACCCAUAUGACCCCUGGUUCCGCGCCGGACCCCCACCUGAUGAGGUCAGCGUGUCCAGCUGGUGGGAUGUGCACACCGGGCCCACUGGAGGUUGGAUGGAUCUGCAGGGGACAGCAGGCCAGGGGGGGUCCGUGGGCUCCUACACCCCCGACCCUCAGAUGUGCUGCCUGCCUCCCUCAAGCUCCGCCCAUUCUACCAUGCACUACCCCGCAGAGGGAUUUAAGAUGGAGCCGUUGACGCAGGAGCUGCUUCCGGUCCCGCACGCAUCAUCGUCCUACGGCUCAGACGAGCAACAGGAUGCCGCCGGCGCUUCGCCUCGGCCCAAAUCCCAGCGGCGGUCUGGCGGUCGCACACCCAGCCAGGCGUCCUGCCGCUGUCCCAACUGCCUGAGCGCCGAGUCUCUGGGAACCAACGGCGAUGGCAAACGCAAGCACCUGCACAACUGCCACAUCCCCGGCUGCGGGAAAGCUUACGUCAAGACGUCACACCUGAAAGCACACCUGCGCUGGCACAGCGGCGACCGACCCUUCGUGUGCAACUGGCUGUUCUGUGGCAAGCGCUUCACCCGAUCGGAUGAGCUCCAGCGCCACCUGCAGACGCACACCGGUGCCAAGCGCUUUGGCUGCAGCUCGUGCCCGCGAGUCUUUCUGCGUGCCGAUCACCUCACUAAGCACAUGCGCGUACACGAGUCGCCGGGUCAACCGGCCGAAGAGACUCGCUCGGAGACGCCGGUACCCGCGACUGCCAGCACCGCAGCAGCGCUCAGAGUGAAAACCGAAUCUGGAAACGGCAAAGAUGACACCGUCGGUACUGAACAGCUAACUGCACAUCACCUGUAACAAGAUUAAACACACAACACAAUGCU